UACAGUACUUCCGGUGGAUGUCCGUUUUGAAGCAGCCUUAGAAGCUAGCUGAUAACUCGUUACAGUAUCUGUAAUCCUCGACUGUCAGAGCAAGUGUCAACAGCCAUUUGUGAUUCACCAGCCAGCAUGGCGGCAUAUUUUUCUUAUGCGACUCUGAUCCUGCAGGGCCUACUCAUCUGCACCACGUUCCGACCAGGUAUUAAUUUCAAAUGUUACAUUUGUGACUCGAAAUCGAAUCCCAAUUGUAUGGAUCCGCUGGGUGAAAACAUGCCUGAAAUGGUAGACUGUGAGGACUUCUUUCCUCUGCUCACUCUACAGCUGGGCAUAGACUCCUCAAUUUUAACGGAACCCUUGCUCUACGGGUGUCAGAAGCUGGAAGUACAAGAUUCGAAAGGAGGACUUGUUACGGUGAGGACCUGUGCAGCUUUCGAAAAUGACUCCAGUACAGCAUGCGACGUAAAGGAUAACUUCCAUGAAAUGGAAGAGAAAUUCACUUUGGAGUUCUGUGGAGUCUGUGAAAACGAGCUGUGCAACGCAUCUGUCACGAGUGAAAUAUCUUCGACCCUCCUGUUUAUGUUGGUAGCAUUUGCCGCUUUAAUUAUGCUACGCCGAUGAGUUACCCAACUGACAAUCCGCAGAAAUUGUAGCAAAUGUCUUUUCGAGUAUUUGAGGACAUGACAAUUUAAACAUGUGAGUCGGUUUGAUUGAAGAACAUGGUUAAUUGAUUACUGAGAGAUAAAAGAAUGAUUAAAAACUAUUUCAUAAUAUAUUAUUUGAAGUGAUAAUUGAGAAAAUACUUUAUGCAAUGUUUCAACAA